AUGAAUCCCUCACACCCCUUUUCAUCAUCACCCCAACACCCAUCUUCAUCCUCGCAAGAGGAUGACGAUGAUCUCAUUACUACAAUACAAUCACAACAACAAGCACUACUAAGUACGUAUGCUAACAACAAUGCUGCCAUGGCUUACUGUUUGGAGAUUAUGUCUACUCAAGCCAUCAACCCAAGUCAUGGCGGUUCAAUUUCUGGGCAUAGAGUGAUUCACCGUGACCGUGAAGAUGGUGAUCGAAGAUUACAGGCUGAUUAUUUUUCAGAAAAUCCAAAAUAUAAUGAGGCAAUAUUUCGUAGACAAUUUCGAAUGAGUCGAAAUUUGUUCUUACGAAUUGCCAAUGCUGUUGCAGAGCACGACAAUUACUUUGUGCAACGGAGAGAUACAAUCGGUAGACUAGGCUUGUCUACUUUACAAAAAGUAACAGCAGCAUUUCGAAUUUUGGCAUAUGGAGUAGCAGCAGAUGCAACCGAUGAAUACAUCCAAAUUGGAGAAUCAACAGCAAUUGAAAGUUUGAAGAGAUUUUGUAGAGCGGUCGUAGAGGUCUUUGGACAACGCUAUCUAAGAGCGCCAGAUGCUAAUGAUGUUGCAAGGUUGCUUGAAAUUGGUGAGAGGCGUGGCUUUCCUGCAAAUGGUACGGCACCUCCUGCUCAUUAUGUUAUUCAAGGGAAAGUGUACGAUACAGGAUAUUAUUUAGCUGAUGGGAUAUAUCCGAAAUGGUCAACCCUGGUGCAAACUAUUCAUCAGCCCCUAGGACCAAAGAAAAAGUUAUUUGCAAUGAUGCAAGAAGCAUGUAGAAAGGAUGUAGAACGUGCAUUUGGGGUCCUUCAAUCAAGAUUUGCAAUAGUCAAGGGACCAGUACGUUUUUGGGAUAAACAUGUAUUGCAUGAUAUAAUGACAUCAUGCAUCAUAAUGCAUAAUAUGAUAAUUGAAGAUGAACGUGAUGAGCAAGUCGAUAUACAAAGUUGGAGAGAAGCACCGGCUCCUGAGGUUGAUAUAUGUAGAGAUGAAAGAAUUGUCUUUGAAGAGUUUCUUGCUCGACAUAGGCAAAUAAAAAAUAAAGAAGCGCAUUAUGCGCUUCGUGAUGCAUUGAUCGAGCAUAUGUGGGAACAUUAUGAAUUUGGUGCAAUGGUUGGAGAUGGUCUAAGCAGCCAAAAGAAUAAUCAAUUGAUAUUCCACUGGAAAGAUUUACGGUGCACUAGUAAGAAUUUAGAAAGCAAAACUGAAACAUGA